UCCUCACUGGAGCGCUGACAUCGUUACUUCUAAAGCAAACACGAAAAAGCAAACAGCUGUAGGUGUUCUGCAUCCAUUAAAUACUCUCGUUAAAGGAUGGCUGCCCAAAUUUCUCGUGUAAAUGCAGUUGCAUUUCUUCGAACAGGAACGCGCAAUGUUUCCACCGGAAUGCCGGCCCUUUACGCGGCUAAACAGAAAACCAAACUUUCAUUAGCCAGACCGAACCAAAAGAAUAUUGUGUUGGUUGAUGCUGUAAGAACCCCAUUUUUGCUGUCUGGGACAAGUUAUGCGAAACUUAUGCCUCAUGAUCUGGCUCGGAAUGCAUUAUUGGGUUUGGUUCAGAAAACUGGGCUUCCCAAAGAGCUUGUUGAAUACAUUGCUUUUGGCACCGUGAUACAAGAAGUCAAAACUUCGAAUAUUGCCAGAGAAGCUGCUCUUGGAGCUGGUUUCUCUGACAAAACACCAGCUCAUACAGUCACAAUGGCUUGUAUUAGUUCAAAUCAAGCCAUGACAACUUGCAUUGGUUACAUGCACUCCGGAGUCUACGACGUUUGUGUAGCUGGUGGCGUUGAGUUUAUGUCGGAUGUACCCAUUCGUCAUUCCCGCAAAAUGCGUGGCGUCAUGCUCAAAGCAAAUAAAGCUAAAACAUUCGGUCAACGCCUCUCACUACUAGCUCAGCUUGAUAUGAAGUCUUUGAUUCCUGAGCUUCCAGCUGUAGCAGAAUUUUCUACCGGGGAAACGAUGGGUCACUCUGCCGAUCGCUUGGCUGCUUCGUUCAACAUAAGUCGACAGGAUCAAGACGCUUUUGCUCUUCGUUCGCAUCAGCUCGCCCACGAUGCUGCUGAAAAGGGCCUACUUUCUGAUAUUGUUCCUUAUCAAGUCCCUGGCCAAGAUAAACCCAUCACUCGCGACAAUGGUAUCCGAGUUUCUACAUCUGAACAACUUGCAAAACUAAAGCCAGCCUUCAUCAAGCCUCACGGAACAGUGACUGCAGCAAACGCGUCUUACUUGACUGAUGGUGCUUCGGCAUGUUUGCUGAUGACGGAAGAAAAGGCAAGGCAGUUGGGACUGAAACCCAAGGCUUACCUAAGAGAUUUCAUUUACGUCAGUCAAGACCCGAAAGAUCAAUUGCUGUUGGGUCCUGCAUAUGCUACUCCUCGCGUCCUGGACAAAGCUGGACUAAAGAUGAGCGAUAUUGACGUGUGGGAAGUCCAUGAAGCUUUUGCUGGUCAAAUUUUGUCCAAUCUAAGUGCAAUGGAUUCGGAUUGGUUCUGCAAGACCUACAUGGGCCGACCUGGUAAAGUUGGUGCUCCUGAUAUUGACAAGUUCAAUUUAUGGGGUGGAUCUCUUUCAAUUGGUCAUCCAUUUGGAGCUACAGGAGUUCGACUGGCGAUUCAUGCGGCCAAUCGAUUGAUUCAUGAAGACGGUAAAUACGCCUGCAUUGCUGCUUGUGCCGCAGGUGGUCAGGGCGUUGGAAUGAUCAUUGAAAGGCACCCAGAUGGCAAGUUAUAAACCAGUCUUAUCCACAAGAGAAUUAAAAGCAAACGGCAAUGCAAUCUUUCAUCCAGCUCUCCUUUCGAGUGCAUUCUUUAGAAAACUAUAUGGGCGAUUUUUAUUAUGUAAUAUCGCCUUAUAAACGAUUUUUUAUGAUCGAAUAAAUGGUGAAAUAGCAAAU